UUCAGAAUUGGAUGUACCUCAGCCUUUGGGCACAAUAGAGACGGCAUUGAUAAUCGCAUCUCCAAUAUGUCUGAUUUGUUUCAUAUUUAUGAUUGCAUUUUCCAUUUGGCAACGAAGACAAAUCAGACACCCCUUUCCUCACGACGUCGAGGGGAGUAUAACCAGUAGAGACCCCUUAAUACCUAUAUUAGGGGGACAGACACUCAAAGAUCUUUUAGAUCACACCACGUCCGGCUCCGGAUCAGGUUUACCACUUCUCGUACAAAGAAGUAUUGCUCGACAAAUACAGUUAAUUGAAAUCAUCGGAAAGGGAAGGUUUGGUGAAGUAUGGAAAGGCAAAUGGAGGGGAGAGGGAGUGGCCGUCAAGAUAUUCUCGUCUCGAGACGAGCGCUCGUGGUUUCGAGAAGUGGAGAUCUACCAGACAGUGAUGUUGAGGAAUGAGAAUAUUCUGGGAUUUAUUGCGGCCGACAAUAAAGACAACGGCACGUGGACUCAGUUGUGGCUAAUCACUGAUUACCACGAGAACGGGUCUCUGUUUGACUAUUUGAGUAAAAUGACUGUCGACACGGCAGGGAUGUGCAAAAUGGCCUCAUCUAUAGCCAAUGGUUUGGCGCACUUGCAUAUGGAGAUAUGCGGAACACAGGGAAAGCCAGCCAUCGCUCACAGGGACUUGAAGUCGAAAAAUAUUCUGGUCAAGUCUAACGGCACGUGUGCUAUCGCCGACUUGGGACUCGCCGUGCGUUUCGACUCGUCCACCAAUUCAGUGGACAUCCCUCCCAACCCCAGAGUCGGCACCAAACGAUAUUUGGCGCCCGAAGUGUUGGACGAAACGAUUAAUUUAAAUCAUUUCGAUUCCUUUAAAAGAGCUGACAUUUAUUCAUUCGGUUUAUGCAUUUGGGAGAUCUCUCGACGAUGUAAUGUCGGAGGAAUCCAUGAAGAAUAUCAAUUGCCAUUCUAUGAUAUGGUUCCCUCCGACCCGACCAUUGAGGACAUGCGUAAAGUUGUUUGCACUGAUCGACAACGACCUCAGAUCCCCAACCGUUGGCAGUCAUGCGAAGCGUUGAGAAUAAUGUCGAAAAUAAUGAAGGAGUGCUGGUAUCACAACGCGGCCGCUCGGCUCACGGCUCUCAGGAUUAAGAAAACAAUCGCUAAUUUGGGCGCUCAGGAGGACCUCAAGAUAUGAGACAUUGUUUCAAACAUACAAACCAUUGAUAAAUCCAAUUCCCCUCUAAUGAAGUAAUCAAUUCUAUUGUGUUAUAAAUGGACACUAAAGUGAUUGUGUGUCUGACAUUCGCUGUCAUUAAACUAUCAUUUCAUUUGUACUCUCCCUCCCCUUCGCCUCCCCUCCCGCUCUCUCCCACUCUUGGAUGACAUUUCAUUAUACGAUAUAAUGACACGACAUAUGAUUUAAUCCAUAAAUUAUAAAUUAAAUUAAAUCCUAUUUUAAGGUCAACUCAAUUGAUUUUAGAUAUAUUUGGCAUAAUUUUAAAGUUCAAAGUUUUUACGUUUCUUUUUAGCACUUUUUUCUUGUUUUAAAAAACAUGUGAAUACUUGUCGUCAUAUUUUAUGGUAAUCUUUAUAUAAUUUAAAAAAACUAAUAAAACGAU